CAAAAUCCAAAAUAGCUAUUCUGGGUCAGCACAAAGCGCCUGAUUCCGAGGCGACAUUUGCGCGGGAUUCAUCGCAGAAAUUCUUUGGGCAUAUCCAAUAAUUUCGUCUGGCCUAUGCGGAAUCACGCGACGGGACGAAGUCAAUCGGCCUUCCCGUGCAGAGGUCUGCCGGACCCCGAAUCGUCCUCUUGCGGUGAAUCUCCUUCAGUCCGCAGAGGACAUACGGAGGGGAAUCUGAAUGACACGUGGAAAACAUGAGCUCUGCCGACGGGUCGUUCCGGAGCUGAAGGAAGCAAGCGAGGCAGGUUCAAAACUUCCGGAAUUCAGCCUUCCUGCCGAGGCUUCCGUGUCCUCCUUCUACGGUGUCUUCGUUGCUACGGUAGUCGGAGACUCGGGGAAGUCGAAGCCGCUUGAUUUCGUGCCACAAGGUCAAUAAAAGCUAGCCACCUCUUUUCGUAACUCGAACACACACUCACAGGGACAAGUGUGGUAGUAGGGGGGUUUUCGAUUUGCGAGUUUUGUGAGGUCGAAGUCUUCGCAUUAUUGGUCGGAUUUGGAUUCGUCGGGCGAGAGAACGAGUUAUUUGUAGGUGUUCAUUGCGGAUUGGCAGGACGAACUUAAAAUAUGGAGGAGGAUUUAGGCAGCUGGUGAGGAUCGUGUGACACAUCCGUUCUUUUGACGGAAAUUCAAGAACCUAGGCCGAAAGCUCGGGUCUGCUGCUAGGAAAGGAUCAGCCUAGCGAGGAAGAGUAUUAGAAGCAUUGGAUUCUACGGAUUGCUCUGAUCUGCACAAUUAGAAUUCGAGGAAGGAAAUCGCAGAGCGUGUUGGUUAUGCGACGAGCAGUGUUGAAAAGGAUGGCGGAGAAGAAUUCUUUGCAGCAUACUGCAGCCGAACUGAGUGCGGACGCGAAUUCUAAGUCAUGGUUGAAUGCGUGGAGGCAAUGUUUGAGAUGGAGUCCGACAUCUAAAGAAGAUACAGUUCAGUCUGAGAAACGCCUGCUCACUUCCUUGGUCAAAACUCCAUAUAUACAACAACAGGUCAAUAUUGGAAGUGGAGCCCCUGGUGCGCGUGUGCAUUGGUUUAGAUCUCAAAGCAGUGAAGAUCGCUUUAUUAAUACUGUUACGUUUGACAAGGGAGCACCGGAUACACCAACUCUCGUGAUGGUGCAUGGAUAUGGGGCUGCUCAAGGAUUUUUCUUCAGAAAUUUUGAUGCCCUUGCUGAGAAGUUUAGAGUUCACGCUAUUGACCAAAUUGGAUGGGGCGCAUCUAGUCGACCAGAUUUUACCUGCAAAAGUACGGAGGAAACCGAAUCGUGGUUUGUUGACUCGCUGGAAGAAUGGCGGAAGGAAAUGAAACUGGGAAAGUUCAUUCUGCUCGGACAUUCUCUAGGAGGAUAUGUGGCCGCUCGCUAUGCACUUAAGCACCCUGAGAAUGUGGAGCACCUCAUACUGGUAGGUUCGGCUGGGUUUUCGUCAGAGUUGGAUCAAAGAGUUUUGGAGUUCCGGUCUACGUGGAAGGGAGCAUUUAUCAACUAUCUAUGGGAGUCUAACGUCACCCCACAGAAGUUUGUAAGAUUCAUUGGUCCUUGGGGCCCACAAAUUGUACGAGGCUAUACAGGGGCAAGGUUUGGUACUCGAGCUGUGGGGACAGUUCUGGAUGAUAACGAAUCCAAACUUUUAUCAGAUUAUAUAUUUCACACUUUGGCUGCAAGACCAAGUGGGGAGUAUUGCCUUAAAUACAUUUUUGCGUUUGGGGCUGCUGCUCGUUUACCUUUAACACAGAGUGCUCCAGACUGGAAGGUGCCAACAUCUUUUAUCUAUGGAACGGAAGAUUGGAUGGACUGGAAGGGAGCCCAAAAGGCUUCCGAGCUGAUGAACGUCCCCACGGAAAUAAUCCGUGUACCUCAGGGAGGACACUUCGUGUUCAUGGACAAUGCCCGUGACUUUCAUUCUGCAGUGUUCUAUGCUUGCCGGAAAUUUCUGGCAACAGGUCCCGAUGAUCCAAUUAACAAACUUGCACCAGGCCUGUCUAUUCCCCCUCGAUUGAGCAAAGACGACAUAACUAGCACAAAAAAUGUGAGAUAGUGCCUAGACUUCAUCAUCUUCAUUUAAAAUAAUUUUGUAGAGCACAUAUUCUAGAUAGCGAAGUUAUGUUAGCAGAAAGUUCACAUGAUUCAGUCAUUCACAUAUUGUGAUGUAUAACAGUAUUAUUUUGGUCUCUAGCGAAGUCUUUAUCAAGGGUUCAUGUACAGGGAAUUUGAGGAAAGUACACACAGAGAAGUACACACUUCGUGUUUUAACAAAAGAUUUGGAUAUAUGUGCUCCCUUAGUGGGUACUUCUCUAUCUCUGGAGACCAUUCAGGAGGCGUCAGGCCUUUUCAGGGAGACUUUGCUCUGGUCUUUCAAAGUUUCGGAAUGUAUUCUGAUCGCAACAAAGUUUCACUUUCAGCUAGGACCAGCGGUUCACUUAGUGAGGACGUUGUUAAUCACCUUAGUCCCUUUGUAUAUCCUGAAAAGGGCAUCCUGAUGAAGUUCACUCUGGCUUGUCUUAUCCUUUUGUCAAGUGCAGCCGUGUAGAUAUUAGCUGAGUUUGAAAUUUUCACCUGAAAGCAGCGUAAGUGUUGACUAGUUUUCACCGACCCUAAUGCUUUAUACCUACCUAGUCGGUUGAAAGAUAUUUUUGACCACGUCAUUGAAAUGAAUGAAGGUGAUGCAGAUCAAGGUCAGGCAUUAUCAACUUGUGAAUCACUUAGUGAUCUUGCAGAUACUCAAAAGUGCAAUCAAAUUGAUGCUCCUUUUCCAUCUUGGAUGAUGUGGUAUCUGAAGAAUCUGGAACGACUCUUCUUCAUUAUACUUCAUCUGCAAGCAUAUUGUAGUCUGGAAUGGAGACGUUCAAUUAGAAUUCUUGUUUUCUUCAUGGUUAUUUGUGGGAUGAGCAGCGGUUAAAGUUGCCAUAGCGCUGAAGGAUUCCAGGACUUUCUUUCUAAUUUUACUUACAAGUAUCGAACCAAUAUGUUCAAGCAAAUCCGGAGGUCAAUUUGCUUCUGUUUGUGAGGUAUGGUUGACCUGGUUCGCCAUCUUCCUACCAUGAAUUAUAGGUUUCCAGUAAGAGCUUAGGACUACUACUUGCUUCCUUAGCUGUUCCACAAAACGCAUUUUCGCAAAUGUUUAAGACUGAGAACCCACCAAUCAGCGGAUGAGGAGGGCGGAGGAAGCGACGCAGUCGUGUUUGUUCGUGUGCUCUUUGCACUUCUUUCCUGUAAGUUAGGUUCUCUAUUCUGGACAUGUUCCAGAUGAUUGCAGAUACACGGCAUGUGGAAGGUACGUGGCAGUCCAAGUCGCAAGUUAGUGAUGUAUCUGUAUCAUACGUUAAUUUCAGAGUACGAACAAAAAAGGUUGGUCACAGCAACCAUAUUUUGCCUGAACUGAGGAUUGUGCAGUUGCAUAGUUCGUUCAGCUGUCACUUUAGUUUUCAUGAUCGAUCUUCCUCGAAUGUUACUCCAACUAAGCAGUACUGUCUCAUGCCUUCAACAGAAGUUGCGAUCUCCUUAGGAGAAAAUGUAUGAAUUUUUAGUCUUCUAGAUUUAAACCGCAAGGAGACGAAAUAUUGAUGGUCACAUUUCUCGAAAUUACAAUGAUCAGGCGAGAGAGAUGAGACG